UAGCUACAGGUCUCCGUAUUCGAAGGAGUUUUUUCUCCAUUCACAAGGCAGGUUUGGUACCACUAGUGCCACCUGUAUUUUGACAGAGAACAUUGUUAUCAUUAGCAUGUCUUGUUACUCACAAUGACCACUCCUGCGACUGAACACGCGGAAGAGUGCCAAGGUGAACCCGAACUGCAGGUUGAUGCCCUCCUCUCAUGCGCUUCGUUAAAUGAAGAAGCAUCAAGUGUCUCUUCUGGUUCUACCGACCAUAGGGAUUCCCAGCCGCGCUUCGUACAUUUUCACCAUCUGCAGUUACUUAGCUCGAAAACCUCAUCCCUGACCAAAAAUCGGUCUGAAAUUGGUCGCAUCAUUCAUGAAUUAACGACUCAGGCGCCAGAGGACAUACCGGUUGUGAACGCUAUCAUUCCUGUUGUGGACAACCAACAAUACAUUCAGUUAGUCGAUUGUGAUACAAGCCAUGUGGUCCUCAAGUUCUUGCUAUCUCAGGUUCUUUUCUGUGCGAAAGGAUCGUCGGUACAGACCAACAGGAGUGUGUUAUUCACGACUCGUGAGCUGGGAUCGAUAAGUCCGUCGUCCUCACCCAAGCUUGGUGCCUCUGAUGAGUCUACACUGCUUAUCACCGCUGACACGGAUAACAAUUCGGACGCCACGCCCGGACCACGCUUUCAAACUCACUUGGUUAAAUGUCGGACUACUUACGAAGCAUCGAGACUACUGUACUUUGUCGCAGAGUUGUUGAGUCGCAAGAGUGGUAAAAGCACAAAUCCACUUUCACCUGACCAUGGGAUUGUAAGACUUCGGCUUAUAGUAGACAUUCGUGAAGAGGAGAAGUCAGGGGAAAACGAAUGGAAGCCGGUUCCGAAAGAAAAGUCCGAAGUGUUCAAGCUGCGCGCGAAAACUCGAAAGCGUUUGGUUGUUGGGCUUCAUCAGACCACUGGACUUGCACAGGUCGCCAUUGAAAGCUGCCUGGAUGUUUCGGUCGCUUACGGUCGUUUCAUCAAUGAUUCUGAAUUUACUCGCUUGGGACACGGCGAGGUGGACUUACGCGGUGAGGCGGCUUCCACAUUGCUUGCCGGUUCAAGUUUUGCCACUUAUGUUCAAUGGCCGACAGACCACCAGGAUUUUGCAAUGUUUGAUCAGUUGUCUGGAAAAGAUGAGUGCAUCUUCUUCACCGUGUGUGUCCGUUUGGUACUGUCAAGUUUGGACAGGCCCUUCUCGCUCUAUCGAGUGUGUCGUGCGCGUAUCUAUCGAUCGGACGAACUGUUCUGGUUGAUGGCAGACCGGAAGCCCGUGAUACAAGACUUUACCAUCCAUUUGUCCGAGUACGUCGAUGAAGAACAGAAUUUAUUCAUCGGCCGAUUUGUUGAAGCACUCAAGAUAGUUCCCUCUGGCUUGACUCAAGGCCCCACAAGUGUUGGUCCAAGCCCACAGUCCACACUGGCAGUUGACCUCAAAACGGGAUCUUUCGACAACGAGGAUGACGAUGAAAAUGAACCAUUGAUGAGCGGUCACGGGUAUGUAUCACAAGAGGUCACCGACGAUCAAUUGCUGAAAGACUGGGGAUCACUCAUUCCUGAAUGGCAUGCCAAGCUGAAGGAGAACCCACCUCCACUGUGCCCUUCGGCUAGUAACCCUGAUAAAUUGCUACUGAGCGGAACAAUGGGACCACGGAGCGAGGUUGUAGGUAACGCGUUUUGGUUACGAAUCAAACGCCUGGUGAAUCUUGGUGUUCCGGAUGCCCUGCGUGCCGAAGUAUGGCCAUUGUUGGCUUCAUGCACCUCGGGAGAAUCGGAUUUAAUGAGCGUCUAUCGAAUUUUACUCACAAAACCAUGUAAGCACGAUGCCGUGAUUCAGCGUGAUCUCGCCCGCACAUUUCCCGCUCACAGCUUCUUCCGCCAACAGGUCGGGCAAGAGUAUUUGUUUCAAGUUGGUCGAGCCUACGCCCUUUACGAUGAGGAGGUUGGCUAUUGUCAAGGCCUAUCCUUCUUUGCUGCAGUACUUUUGCUGCAUAUGCCCGUGGAACAAGCGUUUGCGCUCAUGGUCCAGGUGAACAACCAUUACGGUGUUCGGGAGUUGUUUCUGAAUGACUUUGACGGACUACACAUGCGACUUUAUCAGUUGGAGAAAAUUGUCCAGGAUCAACUCCCCGACGUGGCCAAACACUUUUCUGAAUUGGGUCUGGAGACGCAUAUGUACGCGAGUCAAUGGUUUCUGACGCUGUUCACCGCCAAGUUCCCACUGCAGCUCGUCUUUCAUAUUGUGGACUUGUUUCUGGCUGAGCUUGAAUUUCCGCUUUUGUUCUCAACUCAGGGUAUGGUCUUCAUCUUGAAAGUCGCGUUCACUCUGCUACGAUUGGCCCGACGUGAUUUGCUUGGACUCGAUUUCGAAGGUGUCCUGAAGUAUCUGCGCGUCACCAUGCCCAAACGGUUUAUCGAUGUGGAGGCAGGAAACGAACUGCUAACGAUGGCGUUAUCCGCACGGGUCAGCUCAUCCAAGCUGUGUAAAUACGGUAAAGAAUGGCGUGCAAUGAGAGCCGCACAGAUCGAAUCGGACUCGCCAAUCCAAGCACUGGAGCGGCAGGUGGCCGCUCUGCGCAAUCAGGUCAAUCAUUUGGAACGCGAGAAUGAAGCUCUUGCGUCCGGUCUGAUUUCCAGCAAAACUUCCAUGCAUCGGCAAGUAGACAGACUCGAAGAUAAGGCAGAGGUGUUAACCCGUGAGCUUUUCGUUUCGAGGCAGGAUCUUCAAGACACCUUGGAAGAAAAGCACCAUCUGGAAUCCGAAGUGACACAGGUCAAGCAGAUGCUUCGUACCACGUUAGAACAAGCCGCUUCUGAACGAAUGCAGCAGCAAAACUUGAUUGCCGCCUACAGAGCAAUCGCCUCAGACCUAAACCGGAGAUGUAAUCUGUUGCAACAGCUACACCGAACACAACAUUCGGACAACGGAGACCCAGACUCAGAGCACAUUCCUGACUCCUCGUCCGACACGGACUCAUUGUAUAUGCGACUUCUCUGGGUGCUAUUGCAGCAGGCAUCUACCUGUGAAUCAUGUGGGCCCGUUUUGGAGGCUAGCGUGACACAGUGGAAGCGAGAUUUAUCACCGCCUUCGGACGCCGACAACGUCGAUGAAUUAUUGGAGGAUUUCCUUGUCAACAAUGGUGUGGAAAACUCCACUCGAGAUGAGCUUCCAGAAGUGCUUUCAGAAUCGACUUAUCAAAAUGCUCAGAAGACCUUGUCAAACUAUGCGCCUUUUACGGCCAAAACGGCGGCCCUCAAAUACUUAAAACCGAAGCAAUGGCUAGCUCAAACUUUCAACACACUGCGUGCUAUGACCAGUAAUGAUGGUGCCACUUCCGGUGACGAGCCGCGAACGAAAUCCCACUCAUUCGCAGAUCCUCAAACUCAUGAUCAAUCCAAUGGAUGCUAAUCACGUGUCCCUUGAUUCUUCACCAUACUCAGAGAGCUUUGCCAAUUCUUGUCUCUCCGCAAGUAUACUCGACAUGUUUCUCACCACCUAUUCCCCUUCUCACAUCCGAUUAUCUUCAGUUAUUUGUAAAUAUUGCUUUCUGCUUUCAGAACUCCCAACCGGGCGGAGCCAGAUUUAUUCUCCAAUUUCACUUCAUUUUUAGAACGUGAGUUUUGCAAGCUUCUGUCUCUGGGCCAUUUGAAU